AUGGCGGCGGCGGCGGGGGGCGCGGCGAGCCGCCGGGGUCCCGGGAGGCCCUGCGCCUUCUCCAUCGACCACAUCCUCUCCAGCCUGCCGGAGAGGAGUCCCCCGGCCCGGGCCGCCCGCCCACCUCAGCCCGCCAGCCGCCAGAGCCCCGCGGAGCCAGAGGAGCCCGGGGCGCCCGAGGCCGCGCCCUGCGCUUGCUGCUGCUGCUGCGGGCCCCGCGGGCCCCCGGAGGCGGCCGCCGCGCUGGGCGCGCGGCUGCGGUGGCCGCUCAGGCUGGAGCCCGCGGCGCCCUUGUCCUUGGCCGCGCCGGCUGCAGGCUCGGUGGCGCUGCCCGGCGCGAUCGGCCCAGGCCCGCAGAGGCGCACGCGGCGCCACCGCACCAUCUUCAGCGAGGAGCAGCUGCAGGCGCUCGAGGCGCUCUUCGUGCAGAACCAGUACCCCGACGUGGGCACACGCGAGCGCCUGGCCGGGCGCAUCCGCCUGCGCGAGGAGCGCGUGGAGGUCUGGUUCAAGAACCGCCGGGCCAAGUGGCGACACCAGAAGCGCGCGUCAGCGUCUGCGAGGCUCCUGCCUGGGACGAAGAAGCCUCCCAAGGGCAGCUGUUGA